AUGGCAAAGCAGAAGAAGAGCUAUGGCUCACAUGUAUACUUUCCGAUUGAGUACCAGACUUUGUUUUGGACGAACGGCGAUUCUGGUGUGACGAACGAAGCCGGAAUGACUGAUGAAAAGUUGAGUUGGCUCAAUGGGGGUGUCUUAUUCUGCGUUGAUGAGCAGUUCGCCGUUGACCAAACGGUCAUCCUGGUAUCAGUUGAAGGGUAUGCUACUGACCCGGCGCAUAACCUCCUCGAGCACUUGCCUUUUCCAUUUGUCAAGGGGUUUCUCUUCAGGCGCAUCCCUGUGGAGCUGGCAGUCUCGUGUGGAAACAAGAGCAAAAGUUGCUGGAGAGUGGUUAAGCUAUUCCAGACCUGGGUGGCCAUCCCCUGGCCUACUGCCCGGUGA